AAGCUCUUCUCCACUCUGGAGGCAGAACAUAGAUUCCUGUUCUGCCAUCAGAUGUCUUUCUACUUGACUGAACUGCACCUGUGGUCUUUGAAGAAUACCUUACACAUUGGGGAUAGAGACAUUGGGAUCUACCAGUAUUAUGACAAGAAAGAUACACCAGCAACAGAACAUGGUAACGUAGAAGAGAAACAGAAGCUGGCAGAGUCACGAGAUUAUCCUUGGACGCUUAAAAACAGACGCCCAGAAAAACUCCGAGACUCACUCAAAGAGUUGGAGGAGCUGAUGGAAAACAGUCAGUGUGUGCUGAGCAAAUGGAAGAACAAAUAUGUCUGUCAGCUCCUCUUUGGUUCAGGUGCGCUGGUGUCCCUAAGCCUUUCUGGGCCGCAGCUGGAGAAAGUGGUGAUUGACAGAACCCUAGUGGGGAAGCUCAUCUCAGACACCAUCAGUGAUGCUCUUCUCACAGACAGUUUUAUCAUCUUAUCGUUUUUGGCACAAAAAAACCUAUGUUUUAUUCAGUUUACCAAGAAGAUGGAUUCUCCUGAUGUAAACAAAAGACUGGAAAAACUCUCAGCCUUGGAUUAUAAGAUUUCCUAUUGUGAAAUACCUGGCCCAAUAAACAGGACAACAAAGCGUCAUCUUGCUAUCAAUUAUGUUCAGGAUAUAGUUAUUUGCUGGUGGCCACUGGUCAGUGAUGAUGCUUGGCCUUGGGCCCCCAUUUCUUCUGAGAAUGACAGAGCCAAUCUUCUGCUCCUCGGUUACGCUCAAGGAAGACUAGAGGUUCUAAGUUCUGUCCGUACAGAAUGGGACCCUUUGGAUGUUUGCUUUGGCAUGAAACAGCCUUAUCAGGUGUUCACAGUGGAGCGCUCCAUCAGUGCAGACAAAGAGCCCAUGGCUGACAGCUGCAUCUAUGAAUGUGUUCGGAACAAAAUCCAGUGUGUGUCAGUCACCAGAAUACCACUAAAAUCGAAGGUCAUCAGCUGCUGCAGGAAUGUUACUGAAGACAAACUAAUUCUGGGCUGUGAAGAUUCUUCAGUAAUACUUUAUGAAACUCAACGUAGAGUGACUGUCUUAGCUCAGGCUGAACUUUUGCCUUCAUUAAUAAGCUGCCACCCAAGUGGUGCCAUUCUGCUAGUUGGCAGCAACCAAGGGGAGCUGCAAAUUUUUGAUAUGGCUCUAUCCCCUAUUAACAUCCAGCUCUUGGCUGAAGACCGCUUACCCAGGGAGACUUUGCAGUUCAAUAAAUUCUUUGAUGUUCCCAGCAGUCUUGUUCAAAUGCAGUGGAUAGCUCCUCAGGCUAUUUCACAGAAGCCUGAAAGUGGUGACAUCUGUGAUCUCCUCUUCCUCAGGUUUGACAAAGGACCUUUGGGUGUACUUUUGUUUAAACUUGGUAUCCUCACUCAAGGACAGCUGGGCCUGGUAGACAUCAUCUUCCAGCACAUUCAGUGUGAUGAGAUCUAUGAGGCAAUUAACAUCCUGAGCAGCAUGAACUGGGACACUUUGGGCCACCAGUGCUUUAUCAGCAUGAGUGCCAUUGUAAACCAUCUUCUUAGACAAAGGCUCACUCUGGAGAGAGAAGCACAGCUUGAGGCAAGCCUUGGAACUUUCUAUGCUCCAACAAGACCACUUCUGGAUACAACUAUAUUGGAAUAUAGAGACCAAAUCAGCAAAUAUGCAAGAAGAUUCUUCCACCACUUGCUCAGGUACCAAAGAUUUGAAAAGGCAUUUCUCUUAGCUAUUGACAUUGGUGCUCGUGACCUGUUUAUGGAUAUCCAUUACCUUGCCCUAGAUAAGGGUGAAUUGGCACUAGCCGAAGUGGCAAGAAAAAAAGCUAGUGACAUUGCUGCAGAAUCAAUAACCUCUGGAGUUGAACUCCUGGGGCCCUUGGACAGAGGUGAUAUGUGUAUGCUAAAUGACACUUUUGAUGGCCUAUCUUUAGCACCUCAAGAGGAAGACUCAUGUCUUGAUAAUUUCCCUCCCUUUUAUUCAACUCACAGACAUAUUAUUCAACAAAUACUGAAUGGCUCCUCUAGCAGACAAGGAACUGACAGAAGGAAUGAAGUUGAAAAAGGCAUCUGUGCUGGAUCUUUGAUGGCUAAUACAAGUAAUACAGAAGAAGGAGAACUGAAAGAAGACUAUAGAAGACAGGAAACUGGAGAUGGUGGUUCUCUAAGAAUGGUUCACUUUGGUUUGGUGUAAAUAUUUAGAAACUUUAACUUCAUAAAUAAACAUGCCUUUUUCACAUCUGAACUUUU